AUGGGUCUAUCACACGAUGACUAUAUGAUUGCCUGGAUCUGCGCCUUGCCACUUGAAAUGGCUGCCGCAAAGGUCAUGCUGGAUGAGACCCACCCUCCCCUCCCUCAACCAAGGUCCGACGAAAACGCCUAUACUCUUGGAAGUAUCAGCGGCCAUCAUAUCGUGGUAGCUUGUCUACCGUCCGGGGUUUAUGGGAUCACAUCUGCAGCGGUCGUGCUCGCUAAUAUGCGGCCAACGUUUCCUUCUCUUCGAUUUGGGCUGAUGGUGGGCAUCGGAGGCGGCGUGCCCAGCACAACCAACGAUAUUCGCCUCGGCGAUGUUGUUGUCAGUGUGCCGACUGCAAACUCUGGGGGUGUGAUUCAGUAUGAUUUUGGCAAAGCUCUUCACGACGGAUACUUCCAACAUACUGGCUCACUCAACAGACCUUCUCAAGUUCUGUUGACCGCAGUCUCUCAAAUACGCAGCAAUGAAAUGAUCGGGAAAAGACUUGCGGCACGGUUCUUAUCCGAUGUACUACAGGCGCAGGGACACGUGAAAGAGAAUUUUGCACGGCCGGAUAAGGACUGGCUAUUUAUAUCAGACUAUAAACACCAUAGUGAUCGCCCUGAUUGUUCUAUGUGUGACCACAGUCAAUUAAUGGAUCGUGACAGGCGAGUUCAUGAAGGACCAGUUACUCACUAUGGUCUGAUUGCUUCCGGGAAUCAGGUUAUGAAGGAUGGCAAGAAACGAGACUCCCUCGCUCAAUCAACGGAUAUUCUCUGCUUUGAAAUGGAAGCUGCCGGACUUGUGGACCAGCUUCCGUGCCUGGUGGUUCGAGGAAUUUGUGAUUACUGUGACUCUCACAAACAUAAAGAGUGGCAAGGAUAUGCGGCUCUCGCCGCUGCUGCAUAUGUUAAAGAACUUCUUUCCGUCGUGUCUUUGGCAGCUACCCAGUCAGUCAUGAAACCUAAAUAUCAGGUUCCACUGGAUCUCACGUCAGUACCUGCAAUUGAAGAAUUCAUUGGACGACAUGAAGAUCUUGAACACCUGUGGCACUAUCUACAGCCAGCAGGCUCAACAUCGCAGAAGGUCGCUAUCCUCCAUGGUCUUGGUGGAAUUGGGAAAACACAACUUGCAAUUCAAUUUGCACGUAAGCACAAACAUGACUUUACAGCAAUUUUUUGGCUAGCUGGGAAGGAUCGAUCUACCCUGGUGCGGUCCUUAAGUUCUUGCCUUCCACGCAUACAAACGCAUGCCGUGGCAAAUGAAGCCGCUACAGAGGAAGAAGCAGAACAGCGGGCUAGCCAAGUUUUAAAGUGGCUAGCAGUACCAGAAAAUCAGAAUUGGUUAUUGAUCUUUGAUAAUAUUGAUCAGUACACGCCCCUACAGACCAGCAAUAAUCAUGGAUACGAUAUCAAAGAUUUCUUCCCAAAGGCUGAUCAUGGGUCUAUUCUUAUUACUUCUCGGCUCCAGAGGUUGAUGGAGCUUGGAAAAUCAUUUCCCAUCGAAAGACUCACACCCAAGGAUGCUAGCAAUCUCUUCUUACAAAAUUGUGGACGUUCUUUGUCCGAGAUUGUGGAUACAGGACUCAUGACCCAGCUUGAUGGUUUACCACUGGCAAUUGCCAUUGCUGGCGCUUUUAUGCGCGAAACUGGCACAGGCAUCAGGGAGUACCUAGAGGAUUAUCAAGAAUCAUGGUCCGAAUUGCAGGCUCAAUCGACCCCCACACGUCAUUAUCACCAAGGUAAUAUCCUUCAAACAUGGGCUGUCUCCUAUCAAGAAAUUCAGAAACGAGAUCCAACUGCUGCAGUUCUGCUUCUCUUUCUGUCUUUUUUUGAUAACCAAGACAUCUGGUAUGAGUUGAUUGCGUGUGGCUGUCAUUGUGCCAAUGUGCCUGAUUGGUUCGAAACGGCGGUUGGGACAAAGUUCGACUUUAAGGCACGGAUCAAGACUCUCAUUGCAUUUUCCCUUAUUGAAACCAAGCCACAAGGAGGAAGCUAUAGGUUGCAUCCAGUAGUUCAGGACUGGUGCAUCCACGUUGCUGCGACGGAGAACCAUAUCUCUCGGUUAAGGGAAUUGGCGCUAGUUUGCAUUGGAUAUAUGGUCCCGGAUACUGAUAAGAGAGAUUAUGCGAGAGUUCAGCGGCGCCUGCUCCCACAUGCAAAUUACCUGUUUCAAAAACACGUGACUUACGAAGCCAACAAUACCGCAGUUUGUGGCGCUUUCCGUUGUCUAGGAAAUCUCUACUCUAAUCAAGGCAAGCUUAAGGAGGCAGAGGUGAUGUACCAGCGUGCACUGGCAGGCUAUGAACAGACUCUUGGUCCUGAUCAUACAUCCACUUUACUCACUGUCAAUAAUCUUGGUCUUCUCUACUCUGAUCAAGGCAAGCUAAAGGAGGCAGAGAUGAUGUACCAGCGUGCACUGGCAGGCUGUGAACAGGCACUUGGUCCUGAUCAUACAUCCACUCUACACACUCUGAAAGAUGCAGAGGUGAUGUACCAGCGUGCACUGGUAGGCUGUGAACAGGCUCUUGAUCCUGAUCAUACAUUUAUCCUAGACACUGUGCAUAAUCUUGGGAAUCUCUACCAACAUCAAGGCAAGCUGAAGAAGGCAGAGGUAAUGUACCAGCGUGCACUGGCAGGCUAUGAACGAACUCUUGGGGAUUCCUUGGACUGCAAGAUUUUCAGAGCUCGCGAGUACAAGCAUUUGGAAAUGAUUCCAAAGAUAUGGUAA